AUGACUUACGUGCUCAACCCAGAUUCCGUCAAACUAGGGCUCUUAGCUUUGAGAAUAGCUAUUCUUCCAGACGGGAGUCUACGGAUCUUAAAUGCUUCUAAAUCAGAUGAGGGAAAAUACAUUUGCCAAGGGGAAAAUGUCUUUGGUUCUGCUGAAAUCGUAGCUUCAGUAUCUGUCAAAGAACCUACAAGAAUAGAACUUACUCCUAAAAGAACAGAGUUAACAGUGGGAGAAAGCAUCGUCCUUAAUUGCAAAGCAAUUCAUGAUGCUAGUCUGGAUGUCACUUUCUACUGGACACUGAAAGGACAGCCUAUUGAUUUCGAGAAAGAAGGUGGACAUUUUGAAAGCAUCAGGGCCCAAGCAUCCUCUGCAGAUUUAAUGAUCAGGAACAUCCUUCUGAUGCAUGCUGGGAGAUAUGGCUGCAGGGUACAGACCACAGCAGACAGUGUGUCAGAUGAGGCAGAACUUCUUGUUAGGGGUCCCCCGGGCCCACCAGGGAUAGUGAUCGUUGAAGAGAUCACCGACAGCACAGCUACGCUCUCCUGGAGUCCAGCAGCUGACAACCACAGCCCAGUCUCCUCCUACAACCUGCAGGCUCGCAGCCCAUUCUCCCUGGGCUGGCAAACAGUGAAAACAGUUCCAGAAAUCAUAACAGGGGACAUGGAGUCAGCCAUGGCAGUGGACCUGAACCCUUGGGUGGAAUAUGAAUUUAGAGUGGUGGCCACCAAUCCAAUUGGGACUGGAGAUCCAAGCACCCCAUCUCGAAUGAUCCGCACAAAUGAAGCAGUUCCAAAGACAGCACCCACCAACGUCAGUGGAAGAAGUGGAAGAAGGCAUGAGUUAGUCAUCGCCUGGGAGCCAGUAUCUGAAGAGUUUCAGAAUGGCGAAGGCUUUGGCUACAUCGUGGCUUUCAGGCCCAAUGGAACACGUGGCUGGAAGGAAAAAAUGGUGACAUCCUCUGAGGCUUCACAAUUCAUUUAUAGAGAUGAAAGUGUCCCUCCUCUUACUCCCUUUGAAGUGAAAGUUGGCGUUUAUAACAAUAAAGGGGAUGGACCUUUUAGUCAAAUUGUGGUCAUCUGUUCAGCUGAAGGAGAACCCAGUGCUGCUCCCACAGAUGUCAAGGCUACAAGUAUGUCUGUGUCAGAGAUUCUUGUUGCAUGGAAACAUAUUAAAGAGAGUCUAGGAAGACCACAGGGAUUUGAGGUUGGUUAUCGGAAAGACAUGGAACAAGAAGAUGCAGCAGAAACAGUCAAAACGAGGGGGAAUGAGUCAUCUGUCAUCCUGACAGGAUUAGAAGGAAAUACGUUAUAUCACUUCACAGUGAGGGCUUAUAAUGGAGCUGGAUAUGGGCCACCUAGCAGCGAAGUGAGUGCAACCACCAAGAAAUCCCCCCCCAGUCAAGCACCUAGCAACCUCAGGUGGGAGCAGCAAGGCUCUGAGCUUUCUCUGGGCUGGGAACCUGUCAGACCAUUAGCCAACGAAUCUGAAGUCAUGGGCUACAAGGUUUUUUAUAGGCAAGAAGGUCACAGCAACAGUCAAGUUAUUGAAACGCAGAAACCUCAAGCAGUAGUACCACUCCCCGAUGCUGGAGUCUAUAUUAUUGAAGUUCGAGCAUAUAGUGAAGGAGGGGAUGGAACAGCUAGUUCCCAAAUCAGGGUACCAUCAUAUUCAGGUGGGAAAAUCACUAGUGCUCAGUCGACCCUCCACACUCUCUCCACGUCUUCAUCAUCAGUAACGUUGCUUUUGGCAUUGAUGAUUCCUUCAACCUCUUGGUGAAAACUGCAGACUUAAUUUGCUUUUCUUUGCUUUAGCUUGAUAACAGCGGUAAAUAGAGUGUAGUGUAAGUGGAGACCCAGGACCCUGAGAUGAGCUUUAGAAAUUUGGGAUUACACAUGAUGCACUUACAGGAAGUUGGGGAGAAUAUUACUUACCCAUCAGGUUUCUCUUUGGUUUUUGUAAAUGGAGAGGACAGUUCUUGGUCCAAUAAAAAAUAUGCAGAUUGUAUGUAAUGAAUUUUUGUAAGCAAAGGUAAUUUCUGUCAAAUGUAUUCUUUACUUUUUUAAUAUGUUGGAAUUUGAUUUUAUAUCUGAUGACCCUGAGUGUGUGCCAUCCAUUUGUUAAGUAAGUGGUCU